GUGUCUGUUUUUGUCGUAGGAAUGAUCCCACUCGGAAAUACCGGUACAUUUAAAUGUGGUGAAGAAUAUAGGGAUGUGGUGAGAGGUCUCAAGAGAGCACCCCUGGACGUGGCACCCUUCGCUCCCGAAACAGUAGGAACCGUAGAAAAACCAAAACCGCAGAAAGAAGAAGCCGGAAGAGUAACGGAUGGAGGCACGGCGUGUAACAUAAUCGAUGUAGGCUUUAGGAACGAAGCUGGAUGCCCUCUGAGUGUAUACUGGGCAAAUAAGCUUGUGGAUGUCCCAGAACACGGAUUUAGUUGCCAUGAAAAGUACCACUUUCAUAUGGGACUAAAAGAUGCUCCACAAGGUAUGUUAAGUGUCAAAGUAGUUGGCUCCAGCGUCACGAGAAAGUGAACAUUUUUCCAGUCAACAUACACCCUUGCUAAUUACUGCGGGUCUUUUUUUUUGCCACAGAUUUUAUGUUUGACUGGGCUAGCAAGACCAAGUAUGAAGGCUCGAUCAUUGGCCACACAUUCGUCGCCCGCUUGGCGAGUGACCCAUCCGUGGUCGUAGAUACUUACACUUUAGAGCCCACUCAAAUCAUCGACUGUCCAACAACAAAGAAGCAGCAACUGAUGACGGCGUCAUCAGAUAACGUGGACGAGCGCGAACUCGAAUCGGUAGAAGAAACGACAGACGAAGAUGAGUUGGUCAACAUCCCGGAUAAUCUGGUCGACGCAGAAGAAAAUUUGAUGGCAGGCGCGGGCGGAAGUUCGUCGCGAGCGGUCGGCGAUCCAUCUUGUCCUUCUCGGUAACUGGGCUUGAUAUGUUUUCAUGUCAGAAGCUCUGGCAUUGCAUCUCUUCUUUCCACCCUCUAUCGAUUGGUUCGCAGAGAUAGCAGUGUCCCCCAGAAGUUUGCCGGCCUAAUGGAAAGAUAGAAAUGUCUUCACAGUUCUCGAAUCGAAAUACAAGGACAGGGUGAAGAGGUUUGGAAAACGAAUAUCCCAUUCUUCUUUUUUCUCUGCAUUCUACUUGUUUUCGAACUACAACUUGAGAAACUCAAAUGUCAAGCUAGUAACUUUAGUGUAUUCGGUGUAAUUUUUUACAACAUUCAAUGCAUUCAUCAGAAAUUUGUCAUUGGUGUCAAAUCCACAAGAGUCCUUGUCAAUUUUUUUCAUGCUUUGCCACGCACGGGACAUGUUAGGUCAAUAUGGUUGUUCAAUAGUAGGCAUAAACCCAGCAAAUGAUUUUUUAAAAAUAAGACUGGCUACAUUGAAACAUGGAAUGGGCAGAAAUUAUUUUCCAUGUUAUAUCCAGUUCAAAGACCAACGUGACAAAGAAUGAAGUCUUCUCUGAUUACAAACAGAAAUGACCUCAGGAGCUAGAUUGGGGCAAGAUCUAUUAAAAUAUUGAUUAUGAAGAAGUAUUAUGACCACCACAUUCAUUUCCUUUUUUGUUCUUUUUAGUUGCAUGAACAAGAAGUUUGAGUAAUAUUAUAUUUAAAUUAAACUAAAUUCUAAUGU